AUGAAUGACGAGUCAGUAAAUAUAUAUAAAUAAAAAAGAUAAGUGAAUAGACAAAUAGAAAGAUACAGUCCCUAAUCGACUUAUCACACUUGUCAUCCGUCCAUUUUUCCAGAAACGAGAUGAAAACGACAACUGCCUUGGCGUGGGCGUGUCUGCUCCUGGGGGCGUGGUCAUUUCGGGCAUCGGGGACUGACUACCGCGCUGAGGAUUACCAAAGUAACUGUUUUGUGGAAUCCAGUGGAGUGUCAGCGGUUGUCAAGUCCAGGAUCAUGUGUGCUGUGCGGUGUACCAUGGCGCGUUGUUCUCGCUUCAAAGGAAACUGUACACUUUUCGACCAGGGGCUGGCCAGCGCGGCAGCCAGUCGUACCUACCGGAAGUUAAUGGCUGUCGAUGUUGCCUUUAACAAAACCACUUUAGCUUCUGGUUAUCACACAAUCUAUACUGCCGAUCGAGCUGUCGACGGAGACCUAGAGACGCAGUUUCAUUCCCUUGGGCGGAGCACUCCAUGGUGGCGGGUGGACCUUGGUGAAAACUAUUGCAUUCAGACCAUCGAUGUCUUGCCUCACAAAGAUGUCCCACACUGGUUUCGUUCCGUUGAGAUCCGUGCCGGUGUGAGUCCAGCUGAAGGGGACUUCUCUGGCUACACUCUCAUAGCCUCCUUUGCCGGCCUUACAGUGGUGUCGGCAGGUGAGUGA